AUGAUGACUGAACAGCAAGCCCUCGCCACAACAGUGAGAAAUUUGGAGCGUCAAAUGGGACAGCUUGCUAGUGCUCAAAACACUAGACCAGCUGGAGCUCUUCCAAGUGACACUGAAGCCAAUCCUAGGGCGGCCCUUAAUGCCGUAUCGUUGAGGAAUGGGAGACAACUAGAGGAAGUUCUAUCUAAAAAGAGGAAACAGGUGACUUUUAAUGAGAUGCCAGCCAUUGUAGAAUCAACAUCAGAGAAAGCCAAGGAGCCAGAGAAGCCAGCUGGAGAGGCGGUGGCUGAGCAAUCCCCACAAUUGGUUGCAAGGCCACCACCUCCAUUCCCUCAAAGACUGCAGAAAUUACGAGAUAAUACCACAUAUAAAAAGUUUCUUGAUAUCUUGAAGCAGUACAUCAAGGACAUUGUGGCGAAUAAAAGGAGGCUGACCGAGUUCGAGACUGUGGCACUCACUGAGGAGUGCAGUUCCAGAAUUCAAGGCAAGUUACCUCAGAAAUUGAAGGAUCCAGGUAGUUUCACUAUCCAAAUCACGAUUGGUAAACAUGCUGUUGGGCGAGCUCUAUGUGACCUUGGAGCAAGCAUCAAUUUGAUGCCGCUAUCUAUAUUCAGACAAUUGGGGUUGGGUGAACCACGCCCAACAACAGUUAUUUUACAGUUAGCUGACCGCUCCCUUGCUCAUCCUGAGGGAGUGAUUGAAGAUGUGCUAGUUCAAGUAGGGUCUUUCGUAUUCCCAGUUGAUUUCAUCAUCCUGGAUUACGAGCCUGAUUAG